AAACAAGGAAUUAUGAAAAGAUCACAUACAUUUAGGAAGAUUGUUCACUCUGAAGAGGCCAAAACUGGAUGCAGAAGGAAGAUUAAGGCCCUAGAAAGACCUCAGAUUGUGACCCAGAUUGAUACCAUUUUGGAGACCUGUAAAAGUUGGAAAUUUGACAAGGACUGUACUGCAGAGGUUAAGUGAGUGAGGAAGAAAACGCCCAGUGAAAUUAAAUUUUUAGAAGAAAUGUUCCUAGGAGACCCUGAUUGGAGCAGUAAAACAGUCCAGAUAUGCAAAAAGAUGCUGGAUUUGAGUACAGAUCAGGUGUAUAAAUGGGGAUAUGAUAAGAAGUUACAGCUGAGGAAGAAGAGCAAGAAGUCUACGAGUCAGUCUAUGAUAAGAGAAAUCUCAAUGGAAUUAAAAAGAGAAGUGUUUUUAGCAGCAGAUCUUAAAGCCUAUGUCUCUGAUUUAGUCGAUUGGUACAACAACUGAAGUAUUUGUCCUUCACUAAAUGAUGUUUCCUUAAUUCUCCAGGAAGCUGAAAAAGCUGCUUCAAAAGCCUCAAAAAUAACCAAGAUUUUAUGUGUUGCAAAGUCAAAGGAAAUUUCAGAAAAUCAUAGAAACUGUAUAAAUGACAAAGAUCUGUCUCAAUAUACACAAGAGGAAUCGUCUUAUCCAUUUAGGCCAUUUCACAAGAGCUCUCAGAGUCUCUUUGAAGACUUUGAAACCAUCAGUCGUUGUGACUUUUCUCGUAAAGAAGAGGAAUGAUAUGACUAUCAAAUUCACCAAAAUUCAGAGGACUUGGAUCAUCUCUGCUAUCUUUCUGAUGAAAAUUGUCCUGGAAAGGAUCAAUCCUUUCUCCCAGACUUUCUCAGAAGUUUUGACUAAAUCCAUGAGAAGCUUCACAUGGCUGAAUCUUUCUCCAGCACUAGACCGCUAAUGCUCGUGAAUAGUCUUGAGUCAGCCUCAAAACCAAUUGCGUAAUUUAUACUUAACUAAGUGAUAAUUUGAAAUU